ACGUCGCCGAGCUCACGCUGACGUUGGAGGGGAGGCACGCGCUGCGAUUCGUCCGCGCGUACGGUUUCCGCAACAUCCAGAAUGUCGUCCGCCGCGUCAAGACCGGCCGCUGCGCCUACCACUUUGUUGAGCUCAUGGCGUGCCCCGCCGGCUGCGCAAACGGCGGCGGCCAGCCUCGCCCGCCGCCACUCGAGGCGAGCGGCCGAGCCGCGGCGGUGGAGGCGGCGCUGGUCGCGCCGGGCGAGGCGGCGCGGCGCCACCCGUGCGACAACCCGGCCGUCGCGAGCCUCUUUCGCGAGGGCGCCUUCUUGGAGGGCGGGCCGCUCGGGGCCGCGGUGGCGAGCCAGCUGACCACCGAGUUCAACGCGCUGGCGGACGAGCCGCCGACAGAGCAAAGCGCUUUGGGGAUACAGUGGUAG